GAUUCGCGACAACUCCUGUACGAAGUGUCAACUUCGCUCCGACGUCUCGAGCGUAGCCACGCCUGGAGCUGUUCCAGAGUUUGAUCUUCUGGCGUUGUUUCAGGUAUUUUAGGUAUUUCCACGACCUGUCCUGGACUCCCGGAACGAUGCAGGGCAUAUUCAUUUGCUGGCGUGUGUGCCCAACGUGCCGACGUCCCGGUAGUAGAUAUGAAACUGCCGACGCCUCUUGACUCUCAAGAUAAUCUACGGUAUACACGGUAUGUCCUUCGUGCCGAACAUACGGCAGCGGCCGCAACGGCAGCGGCAAAGGACAUGUUGUCAGUGCAGUCCGAUUCCUCAAGAGCGGGACGUGCACUUUACAAACGAAUACAAGCGUCCCUUUUUAAGUUUGUCACAGCUGGGGACGGGCGUCGUCGAUCACGAAUGCGUUUGAUCUUCCCUUUUAGGAUGUUCCGCUCCACACGAUUUUCCUCCGCAUUUCUCGAUGGUGGAAGAUCAGGGGGAUGGGCGACCAUCAAACGCGGGACGCGCCGAGCCUGGCGUGAUAGCUUCGUGGAGCUGAUGUGGCUUUCAAACCUGCUGCUACAUUAUCCUUUGAAUAGAGGGGAGGGUGAAGAAAGAGGGGAAUCCCUUCUCGCGUGCAAGAUACUCGAGGGACUCUUCCACUUCUUGCGGUACUCAGGACAGAUGUCAAGGACUACCGGAGUUUGUUCCCAAGGAUGCAGUCAUCCAUCCAACCCUUUCCAUCAGAACCCGGCCUAGCCAACUGAAAACAAUAAUUCCUGCAGCAGGACGCAUUUGUGGCCCAAUCAGCAUCUCGCAAAAGCAAUAAUUAUCCCAGACAAUUCCGUUGAAAGUCUUCGUUUACUGAAGACGGUUAGCGGCUGCAGUAUGGAUACGGAAUAUGCAAACUUUAUUUUUUUGCAUCAUCCUCAUCAGCUUCCGAAGUUCGCAGCGAGAUAGCAGCGACCAACCCCCACAGUCAUCAGAUAUGUUUGGCU